UUCGAGUUCCGUACUUGGUCGGUGUAGCACGCGUUUGCUCUAGCUAGCUAGUGGUUUCGGAGUUGAUUUUCGCUGCUUUCAGAAGGAUUGUGCUUCAGCCCAGCCAGUCGGUUGGUUUUACUAUUUUAAUCAACCGUGGAUACUAGAAACGGCGGCUACCAUCCUUAAUAAAAACAUCAAUUGUGAUAGUGCUCGCGCGGUACCUCCCACAGGCUAGGAGGGAUGCUGUGUGCUGGUUGCUAGUGUUUUUUUUUAGCUAAGCACUCUACUGCUCUAGCCAACUACGUAUUCGUAUUUUCUUCUGAGUUUUUGUUGUUUGGCAGCAAAGGUGUUGAAAGAGAUAACCGCGCGUAAUUUGUGUUUGAUUCGACGCUAUAAAGUUGACGGUGUCUGUCGGAUUCUUCGGAUUUAUCACGAAAAGAACAACAAUCACAUCUGUUGCCCUGAAAAUUCAAUCCGUGGAGUCACGACUGCGCCAAUGUCGGAUUCUUCGGAUUUAUCACGAAAAGAACAACAAUCACAUCUGUUGCCCUGAAAAUUCUGUCUUCCCCGUUGGUAGUUUGCAGAGCAAAGGAAGAUUCUGCUGUAUUUGAAUAAAAUUUUCUUUGUUGAGCGCACGACCGUUGCGAUUGUGUGCGUUACUGAAAUUUCACAAAGGUGACCAUAAAGUACGUCGAAACGGUGCGAUAAGAAACUAUUAUGCUAGUAGGUACGCGAGUCAGUAAAAGUGGCUUAAAAUAAAGUUUUCGAAUGUGAAAAAAUUUCCACCAAACGUCCUUUAACUGGGGUGGUGCGUGAAAACGUUCCAUCUUUGUUUUUUAUCAGAACUCAGUCAUUAGCCAAGAAGAAAGUGCUCGGUUCAGUGGCUGGGGAAGAGCAAACCAAAAAAAAUCUACUAAAAAUAGUCACUCUUGACCCGUGGUGAGAGUUCACGUGUCGUCUGUUUUCUCGAAGGCUAAGUUUAGCAAUUCUCUGGAAAAAAGUGCUACUGAAGUGGUGCUCAAGAAAAGUGAUCCGAAGAAAAGUGUGCAUCAAUUCAUCCUCACAAUUGUCGAGGGCAGUGCUUCAAGGGUUCGGUCGCCUAGAUGUAACUUUGGUGACCCAGUGGUGUAUUUCAGUGUCGCCGACCCAUUAAUAAAGUGAUUCUAUCUUCCAAAUAAAAAAAAAAAGUGAUCAUUACCCUUCCCACGGUUCAGCUCCCAAACGGAUUAAAGUUGGCUGACGAGAAGCAUCCGGAGGUCGGGGAAUCUCGGAGUGUUGCCGCACAACAUUCCAGCGGUGUCCCUGGCGUUGUUGCAGCCAAUACUGCUUCAGCGAAGAUGAGCUUGAAAAAGGCCAGCCGCACCAAGAGCCUGUCGCUGAGUGGCGAUGAUUUUCCGCUGCGUCCGGCCAAACCAAAGGCCGCCUUCGCGACGGCCAAACGUCCCGAAGACACGAUGAAGAUCAUGAAGUUCAUCGAUGACAACGUUAUCGGCAAGGGUGUUGCCUUUCUGGGGCCGUUCGGAAGACGAAAAGUGGUAUACGCAGACUACGCUUCAUCCGGUCGAUCCCUGCAGUUCCUCGAGGACUACAUCAACAAAGAGGUGCUACCGGCAUUCGGUGAUACCAACUGCAUUUCCGCUGUCACCGGUCUUCAGUCCCACUUGUAUGACAACGAAGCGCGGGAUUUGGUGCGGGCAGCCGUCGGAGCGACACCGGAAGACGAUGUCGUGUUCUGUGAUAACCCUGCUGAGCGAUUGUGUUUCCUGCUAACCAAUAGCAGCAUACAGUUUUGUGAUAACAACACCAGUGGCCGCUCGAUGCCACCGAUACUGUUCGUCAGCACGUCGGAACCUAUCCGUAAUCUGAAGCCCUGGCUGGAUGCCGGUUGGCACGUGGAGCGUAUUGCCAAAAACCAUGAGGGUUUCUUGGACCUGGUGGAUCUGGAAAAGCGACUGCUCCAAUACUCGGAAGCUAAACGAUUAAUGGUUGGGAUGUUUUCAGGCGCUUCCCGGUUAACGGGGAUCUUGGCAGAUGAUGUGGCAACCACCAUUCUGCUGCAUCAGUAUGAUGCGCUUUCGAUUUGGGACCACAGCGUAGCAGCUUCCUGCGCACCGAUCGUGACCAAUCCGGUGCUACCGGGAGCUCAGAAAGAUUCUUUAUUCUUCCACUGCAAUCGAAUGAUCGGAGGUGUUCAAGCUCCAGGUGUUUUAAUAAUCAAAAAGCGUUUGAUCGAAAACAGUGUUUCGUUAUUGGCCGAUACGGUUGGAGUAGUCGGAGCAGUACGAGCAGGGCUAGUUCUACAAUUAAAAGAAUCGCUAGGAGUGCAGGCUAUCAUGAAUCGCAUGGAAAAAAUUUGCAAACAAAUGUUAGCACACGUGAGAACUAUACCGGAAAUAACUCUGCUCGGGCCUCCUUGUACUACGGCCAAACGCUUAACGACACUGUGUUUUAUGGUGCAUCAUCCCAGGGGAGCUUUUUUGCACCAUCGAUUUGUAGUGGCCGUUUUGAAUGACGUUUUUGGCGUUCAGGCAACCGCAGAUAACAUGAUAGCAGAUUUACUCGGGAUCAAUCCGCAGCUGGCUGUGGAAUAUGAGAAAAUACUCAACGAUGACUCACUCAAAGCGUCCAGCAUACAUCCUGGAUAUGUGAGAAUAACGCUACCAUUUUUCAUGACCGAAACCGAAGUCGCUUUCAUAUUGGAAGCUCUCAAAAUGGUAGCGACCGAGGCGUGGAAAUUGUUACCACAGUACGAAGUAGACGAUAACACCGGUGAAUGGCGACAUCAUUCGAAUUCGCUGGCUAAGGAACGUAAAUGGCUUGGGGCGAUCCGAUAUACCGACGGUAAAAUGUUGUUCUCCGAUCGUCGUAUCUCUGGUCCAGGAACGUUUCCACAAAGCUACUCGGACUGUCUGCAAACAGCGAGGAAUUUGUUCAAUCGCUCUCGAAAGAUGGCACUGCGGUCUGCCUCCGACGAAAUCAUCCUGAAGCUGCCACAUGCUGCUGUGGAAAACCUUCGUUGGUACAUGCUUCCGGGAGAGGCCCACGAACUGCUGCUGGGUCAUUCUCAUCGGGUCAAAAAUUCGGUGCCUUUCGAUCCUAGUCGAGUUCCAGAAAACCCUUCGCUUCUGAUGAUCCAUCGGCACCACAGUCUGUCGGCACUCGAUAUUAAACGAUUCAAAAGCCGAAGUCUGCCGGCGUCUCCGUUACAGCUUUCGAUCCGUCGACAGCAUUCGGUUUCGCCUCAACAAUCACACAGUCCAACUCCGACGCCAACAUCAUCUCCCCCGACCGUUCGCUUUUCUUUGGGCGGUGAAGUCGGCGGCUACAGUCCGCCACCGCAAGUUACAAAUCUUGUCGUCAACGAGUCCAGUACCAGUCGAAAUAGAUGCAAUAGUUGGAGCUCGCCUAUGAAUACGGUUGUUCUUAGAAGUCCUACUGGUAGCAGUCCGGAACCGGCCAAGGGCGGCUCUACUGCUACAACCAGUAGUGACCAAGGUGUCGUGUUCGGUGGUGGUGGUAGUAGUUAUACAAUACUCGCACCUCAAGCUCGCUACAGUUUGGGUUGGACCCAGCAGGUCCAGCAAAGACAGCGACAACUCUUAAACAAUUCCACUCAGUAUCCUACCAUCUAUGGGCGCACCCUAAGCUUGAGUGAAAGUCGCACUCUUACGUCCCCGGUUAGCACCAUUGCUCCACUCGUGGUGCGGUCUAAGCAACGUUCAUGUUCCUGCAGCAGCCAGACGGAUCUUAGCAUAGGUUCUGCCGAAGCACUAGCAGACAAUAGUAGACGAGCUUCCCCGGCACCGAGCCUUCCGAAUCUACGCACUGGAAGCAGUUGCAGCGAAAAUGUGGAAGAUAUUCAGGCGUACGUUAAAGAAGUCACAAAGGAACUAGCAACGGAAAUAAAGUCAGAAAUCCGAGAAGUCAUUUCCAAGGUUGAAGAUGUUUUGGAGAGCACCGAUAGUUUGGACAUGAGUGGUGCCGCUUUCUCUUCAUUGGGUAACAUUAGCUUCAACGACAGCAAGCGGGACUCUAUCUCGGCCAGUGAUGUGGUCGAUUACCUGAAAGAAUUCAGCAAGGGCAUGAUGAUCGAAGUUAAAUCGGAAAUCCGAGAUGCGGUCAAUGCGGUAGAUGAAAUGAUUUCGCCCGAAAACUAUCUUGGUCCUCGCAAAAACUCCCCUCCCGAUAUCAUGAAAACGGCGGGUGGAACCGGAGGACCAAAACUCCUAAUCAAGCAGCGUUACAGUGAUAUUACGCCGGAUGUACGGCGCCCAAAGUCGGCUGAUAGCGACAAGCACAGGUCGGAAUCAUUUCCGAGACCGAAUGCACCGAUUUCGGCCGUCCUAACUGCGCCUAGUGCAGAAAGUUCGGCACCCACUUUUCCCUACACGGGAGCCAUUGCCAAAACUUCCGCGGGGGAUUUCAAAUCUACCAUGUCAUCGCAGGACUCCGGCAUCAACAUGUGCUUCAGCGAGCACGAAGAGAAGUUGAAGUCGGCUCUGGGAGCAUCCGCAAAAGAUAGAAAUCGUACAAUUUCAGCUCAACUGGAAAGCGAUCGCUGCCAACCGGAUGUGCUGGCCUCUCAGAGAAGGGUAGUAUCUGAAUCGGCUGCUCCGACCGGAUCAUCGAUGGAAAUACCGUCGACAGCAACGGUUUCUACAGAUCACACCCGUCUUCCGUCCACUCCAGAGGUGGAGCUUGCGACCAACAGCAGCAGUGCUAAUAACGGUGCCAAAAGUCCUCUCAUCCGACAGCAAAACGUCAUGAAAAGUUCGCCCUCGCAAGACAUCGAUUCAGACCAGUGCAGCCCGGAUGUGAUCAAGUGGCAUAAUCUACCCAAAGAUAUUUGGAAACAAGCCGCCGAGGCCCUGGACGACUUUGACAUGAUUCGAGACGGGGACCGGAUCCUCGUGUGCCUCUCCGGGUCCAGUUCCUCGCUCUGCCUGCUGCACCUGUUGCGACAGUUCGUUCGGGCACGUCACCUCAGCAAAGUCCAGCUAGCCACCGUCAGCAUCGGAGAUUGUGGGGUCGAUCCGCGAGCCCUGAUGCUGUACCUCCGGGAGCUGGGAGUAGAGUUCUUCUACGAACAGAAUGAAACCCCCGAAAACCUACAGGAAAAGCUUACCAGUAUAGCUCAGCGCAAAGGUUACAACGUUCUGGCUCAGGGAAACACGCUGGAUAAGCUCGCCGAUCGGUUUCUGGUGUCGUUGCUUUACCAGGGCAAACUUUGUCCGAUGCAAGCCAUCACUCGGAACAGUUGUCCCAGCUCAGGCCAAGAGAUUCGCAUCAUUCGGCCGCUUCUGUACAUUCGGGAACGAACCCUUGAUGAUUAUGCGGCCUCGAAAGCCCUGCCCAGCAGACCGUCCCGAUUGUUCACUCGUCCACCGGAUGCAGCUAACAGUAUUCUACGGGUGCAGGAAGCCACCAACCCAGCCGUGUACGGAAACAUCCGGACGGCUUUGAAACCAUUGCUCGCGUUAAGAUUAGAUUCAAUGAAAACAACCUACGAAUCGUUACGAGCAUCACUGGUCACCCGAGAUUAGCAUAAAGGUCAGGGAGGGCUGAGCUAGGAAGGACGUGCAACACGUCCAGCUAACUGCAAUUAAAUGUACAACGAAACACAUCAUCCAGUAUCUAGUUUCUAAAAUAACAUAAUCAAAACUAGUUAGGGAGAUACAAUCUAUUUUUUUUUCUGUCGUUAAGUGUAGGUAUAACCUUCAAAUAAACCGAAUAAAGAUUAAAAAAACGUAACAAAUCUCAAAACUAUUCGACAAGUAAGGAGUAACAAAACUAUUACCGGUAGAAUUUUAGCCUAGGAUCCAAGAGAUGUAAAACAAUGCUUCCUCUUUUUUAUUUACUCUGAUCGAGAGCCACUGCUAAAAUGUGAAACACAAAU